AUGCCGACAGAAGCAUUUCCGUUUCCUAGCUCUGCUCCCGCCGUCGCAGAACCGACUCUUCGACCAUCCUACAACGCCGCCAGCUCUCGCGAACUUGCCCCGUUCUGUGGACUUCACAAAGUUGGAGGCUUCUCCGCGCAAGAAUCCCUCGCUCCACCGUCUUCGGCACAACCGGCCUUCCACAGCGUAAACGAAGUCGCCAACUCGAUGCCUGGCUUGAGCAUGUCGCAGAGCUCUGUCGCGUCAACACCAGGAAGUUCAGUGUCUUGCGUCGCUUCGAAGACCGCAAACAAGCGCUCGUAUGACGACGAAGCCGAGGAUGAUGUGGACGCGUACUUUGACGAGGUCGAGGCCGAGGAACAAACAGCGCCAGUUGAAGCACGACGGAUCGCAAAGCUCAAAAACUCACCGCGCAAGCAAGCCGCUGGACGUGUCGCUGGUUUCGGUUCGACAAUCGCUGUGGAAGGUGACUUCGAGGAAGCUGCUUUCCUGGCGCCUAUGGAGACGAAUAUGUGA